AUGGAACAAGAAAAACUUAAUUUUAUUGUGAAAUGUGUUGUUGAAUUUUAUUCAAGUACUAAUGAACAAAGGAGAGCUGAAUUGAAUAAUUUCCUUGUCCAAAUUCAGUCAGAUUCAACAUCAUGGUUAUAUUCCUUUGAAUUGUUAACUGGAAAUUAUGAAUCUUCGUGCAAACAUUUUGGUUCAUCUAUCCUUUAUACUGCUAUUCAUGAUCAUUUUGAUGAAGUUGCUUAUAAAGCAAAUGAAAUUAGACAAUUUCUUGUAAACAUUUUAACAGAAUCUCAUCAUACAUUACAAUUUGCUGUUUAUAAUAAAUUAACUUUAUGUUUAGCAAUAUUUAUUUUAUCAACGAUGCCUGAUAUAUGGGCAAAUCCAUUCGAAGAGUUAACUGUUACUUGGUCUUCAAAUCCAGAAUUACUUAUGAAAGUUUUAUCUGAUGUUGCUAUAGCUUUCCAAACAAUUAAACUGCCAUUACAACAAAGAAAUAUUGUUAAGAGUACAUUAUUAACAAAAUCUAAAGCUAUCAUUGAUAUCACAAGGACUAUUCUUUGUGCACCUGAUAGUACACCACCAAUACAAGCGGCUGGUAUUGAUUGUGUUGAAAAUUGGAUGAAGUUACCAGGGGCUUGCCUUGAGGAUUGGCAACACGUCUUUUUUAUUGUUCUUGAAAAUAAGAUAAAUGAUAAUGUUACCUGUUCCCGAUUAAUAACGGUUGUUUCUGAGAAUAAAGAAGUACGAGCUUAUCCAAAAUUUUGUAUUGCAUUUAUUGAAUUUCUUGCAACAAAAUUAACACCAAAUUUUUAUAAUAAUAUAAAAAUGUUAAAUUUUAAUGAUUUUGAAGAUGGAGAUGCUGAAAUGGCUUUAGAGGAUGUAUGCAGUCUUAUCAAUUCAAUUGUCGUCUUUAUGACUAAUGUAAUAGAUUUAAUAAUAUCAAGUGAAAGUUAUCAUACACAGUCUUUACCAUUAUUAACACAAAUAUGUGACUUCUUUUCAUCUAUUUCUAAUUUUCCUCAACCAUUUCCAUCUAAAGAAACUUUCUCUGAUAUACCAUUAGAAUUUUGGUGUAACUUUAGGGAUGCUUUAUCAUGUACUAAAAAACAAGAAAUCAAACAAGCAUUUUUAAAAUAUUUUGCCCAUAAUUUAUCUUAUGCUAUUGUCAAAAUGUCUUUACCGACGAGAAAAGAUAUGUUAUCAAAACAGGAAUAUGAAAAAUUUGAAACAUAUAGAAUGCACAGAGCUCAAGAUAGUGUAACACUUUACGAUCUUGAACCUGAAGAAACAAUAAAUUUUUUAAUUAAUUCACUAAUACAAUCAUAUCAAGAAGGUGACUUAAUAAAGGCAGAAGCUAUUUUGUAUUUAUUUGGUGAUAUCUCAGAUUAUUUUAGCGAAACAGAAAAGCAACAAAUAGAAACUUUUUUAAGAAUUAAUAUGGAAUUUUUAAAUUCUGGAGGUGUGAAAAAUUUUAAUACUUAUGAAGAUGUUAAAAGAAAUUAUGGUGAAAAUCUUAUGAAUAGCAUUUCUAAAUUUUCAUAUCUUCUUUUUUCUGAAGAAUAUUCUGAUGAUAAUAUGAUAAGGAAUGCUUUGGGCAUAGGACAUUAUUUUAUGAUCUCUCAUCCUGAAACAACAUCAUCAGCAUUAAAAUAUAUAUUAGGUCUUGUUGAAAGGCAACAUCCAUCACUACUACCAAUGGCUGAUACAUUGAUAGGAGUCUGUUAUUCAUUUUUUCAAAAUGAAGAAUUAAUUGAAAAUGAUAGAAUAGAUGCAAUGAGAAUAAUAGGUUAUCUCCUUUCAAUAAGACCAUUAGAUUUUAUUUUACAAAGUUUAGAUACAUUAGUACUACCAAGAAUUGAAUUUUUAAAACGUUUCAUUAGGGGAGAAGAAGAUAUCUCAAAGUAUAGUGGUAAUGAAUUUGAAAGAAAAGUUUUGUUCGAAAUUAAAGUUACUGCAGCAAUUAUUAAAACAAUUCAAAGAAAAAAUAAAAACAAUGAUUCUGGGGAGACUAUAAUUAAUGAUAUGAAUGGAAGAACGGUGAUACAUUCACCACCACCAAGAAGGCAUAAAAAAGAACCAUCUAAUCCUGAGAUUCUCUCUAAGACAUCACCAGUCUACAUGAUCUUGUCCCAAUUUGCUGUUGAUAUACCGUUAUUGUUGCAGAAAUUUUAUACAAACGAAAGUUUAAUGCAAAGACUUACUGAACUUCUUGUUUCUGCAUUAAAUUCUUUGAAAGAAGAUGUCGUACAUUUUGGAGAACUUUAUAUUAAUGUCAUUGAUACUCUUAUAUAUGUUCAUACUAAAAUAGCUUCACAUUUAGCUAAGCAUUUCGUUAUUGUUACUUCAAAACAAGAACAAUUAUAUAUUCCAAUAAUGGAUAAAAUAAAUUAUUGGUUUAGCAAAGUUGUUGACGGAAGUGUUACUUUUACAAAUGAAGAUGAUAUUGUAGAUAUAAUAGAUUUAUCAUAUCAUAUCAUGAGAAAAGGAUUAACAAUGUUACAAACAGGUAGUGUUCAACCACAAACAGCUAACUUUUUAAGAAAUAUUGCUUUAAUAUGUAUAUCAACAAUUACCACCGACAAUACCAAUGCCAAAAGAGAAGCAGCAUUAACUUUAAAAUAUUGGUCUAAAUAUAUUAGAGAUUCACAAGUAACAAUGAUUGGAGAUAUGGUUAACUCAAUAAUACCACAACUUAUACCACCAUUGAUUCAUGAAAUCCAAAAUAGGUGUAUAUCUCAAAAUGUUUUAGAUGCUGUAACAGAAAUAUUGUAUACAAUAUUUACAUAUUACAAAGAUAAGACAGAUGAAGUCUUUGUUCAAAUGUAUCCAGAAGGAUGUGAUGGGUUGAUGGGGCAAAUCUUUAAAAGUCCUGGAAACAUGAAAUCAUUUCAAUUAAAAGUAGGAAUCCUUAAUAAAUCUGUUAAAAAUGCCAAAGUAUAA